UAAUUAAAUGCAUUUUUAUUAUUUCUUUUUAAGUAAUAAUUUUUUUCAUCUUGUUCUCCAUGUAAAGGAUUUUUCUAAUAGAAUUUUUUUUUCUACAAUGAAACAUAUAAAAAGUUCGAUAGUGUGCAGAAUAUGUACAUAAAGUGUGUGACCUGACCGGGAUUACAUAGAUGACAUAAUAAUACUAAAAAAAAACGAUAAUGAAACGUAUAAUAAAAAAAUAUAAUAAAUGUAAUGUAAUAAAGAUGUAAUGAAGUAAAAUAUCGUAAAAUAUAGUAAAUAUAGUAAAUGGGGUAAAAUGUGGUGUAGAUAACGUGAUCUUUCUACAUUGUUAACAUUACCUAGAAUUCGGAAACUUUAAUAAUAAUGAAAGAUAUUAAAUUGAGAAUUCGAAAUUUCAAAAAUGAAUGUUUCAUUAUGUUUCAUUAUGUUUCAUUAUGGUUUAUUAUGGUUUAUUAUGGUUCAUUUUUCUUUGAAAAAAAAAAAGAGAUGCACGUCAAAAAUGUGAGACAUAUGUGGAGAAAUGUAAUCUUGAUUCGAGAAUUAAUCUUUGACACUAAAUUUCGUUAAAAAAAACUUUUUUUUUUUAGG